CAGAGGAACAGGCGGAAGGCUGGACAGGCCGACAGAUUCAGGGCUGUGGCAUGAAGCUGCUGCCCAGCUGGAGAGCAGUGUUGCCCUUGGGCCCUGAGGACAGGGCCUGGCCAUGGGUACAGCAACCCAGAAGAACUGCACACACUUGUGCCCCAAAGAUGAGAGCCCAAGAGGACCCCGAGGGCCGGACACAGCAUGAGUCCCUGGGCUCAGCCGGGACCUCUAUCGGGGACCCUCCACUGUUCCUGCCCACAGAGUCCAAGUUUGACAUGUUGUACAAGAUUGAGGACGUGCCGCCCUGGUACCUGUGCAUCCUGCUGGGCUUCCAGCAUUACCUGACUUGCUUCAGUGGCACCAUCGCUGUGCCCUUCCUCUUGGCUGAGGCAAUGUGUGUGGGCCGUGACCAGCAUGUGGUCAGCCAGCUCAUCGGCACCAUCUUCACCUGUGUGGGCAUCACCACCCUCAUCCAGACCACACUGGGCAUCCGACUGCCGCUGUUCCAGGCCAGCGCCUUUGCAUUUCUGGUCCCAGCCAAAGCCAUCCUGGCCCUGGAGAGAUGGAAAUGCCCGCCGGAAGAGGAGAUCUACGGUAACUGGAGUCUGCCCCUGAACACCUCUCAUAUCUGGCACCCACGGAUGCGAGAGGUCCAGGGUGCAAUCAUAGUGUCCAGCAUUGUGGAGGUGGUGAUCGGGCUGAUGGGGCUUCCUGGGGCCCUGCUCAGUUACAUUGGGCCUCUCACAGUCACCCCCACUGUCUCCCUCAUUGGCCUUUCCGUCUUCCAAGAUGCUGGAGACCGAGCAGGCUCCCACUGGGGUAUCUCAGCUUGCUCCAUUCUCCUGAUCAUCCUCUUCUCCCAGUACCUGCGCAACCUCACCUUCCUGCUGCCUGUCUACUGCUGGGGAAAGGGACUCACUGUCUUCCGCAUCCAGAUCUUCAAGAUGUUUCCCAUUGUGCUGGCCAUCAUGACUGUGUGGCUGCUCUGCUACAUCAUGACCCUGACAGAUGUGCUGCCCGCAGACUCCACAGCCUAUGGCUUCCAGGCACGAACGGACGCCCGAGGGGACAUCAUGUCUAUUGCGCCCUGGAUCCGCAUCCCCUACCCCUGUCAGUGGGGCCUGCCCACAGUGACUGCAGCUGCUGUCCUGGGAAUGUUUAGUGCCACACUAGCAGGCAUCAUUGAGUCCAUCGGAGAUUACUAUGCUUGUGCCCGUCUGGCUGGUGCGCCACCCCCUCCAGUACAUGCUAUCAACAGAGGGAUCUUCACCGAGGGCAUCUGCUGCAUUAUCGCAGGGCUGUUGGGCACUGGCAAUGGGUCCACCUCAUCCAGCCCCAACAUUGGCGUCCUGGGGAUUACCAAGGUAGGCAGCCGGCGCGUGGUGCAGUACGGUGCGGGUAUCAUGCUGGUCCUGGGCACCAUUGGCAAGUUCACAGCUCUGUUCGCCUCGCUCCCGGACCCCAUCCUGGGGGGGAUGUUCUGCACCCUUUUCGGCAUGAUUACCGCUGUGGGGCUGUCCAACCUGCAGUUCGUGGACAUGAACUCCUCCCGCAACCUCUUCGUGCUCGGAUUUUCCAUGUUCUUCGGGCUCACGCUGCCCAAUUACCUGACUUCCAACCCCGGCGCCAUCAACACAGGCAUUUCUGAAGUGGACCAGAUUCUGACUGUGCUGCUGACCACGGAGAUGUUUGUGGGUGGGUGCCUCGCUUUCAUACUGGACAACACAGUGCCAGGGAGCCCAGAGGAACGAGGUCUGAUACAGUGGAAAGCUGGGGCCCAUGCGAACAGUGAAACAUCUACCAGCCUCAAGAGCUAUGACUUCCCCUUUGGAAUGAGCAUGGUAAAAAGGAUUGCCUUUCUGAAAUACAUUCCUAUCUGCCCAGUCUUCAAAGGAUUUUCUUCAAGGUCAAAAGGCCAGCUUCCAGUUCCAGAAGACACUCCAGAAAAUACAGAAACUGGGUCUGUGUGCACCAAGGUCUGAAAAAUUACUCCUAGGAAAGGAAGCAUGGUAUAUAACAGGAAAAGAAAACUACAUGGGGAGUCAGAAGACCUAAGUCGGAAACCCAGCCCCUAACUUCCUAUGUAAGCCUGGAUAAGUCACUCUCUCUGGGACUACGUUUUUGCAUCAGUUUUUCAAAAAAAGGGAAGAAUGGGCCAAAAUCUCUAAGACCCUCAAAGACUUGUGCCACCAUUAUUCUCUGUCUCUAAAUCUUUACUUUCCUAAGCAGACGUGUCAGCAAUAGUGAAUAGCUAGAAAUUUUCCUCUACCACAUCCUGGAAUGCAACUUUGUAAAAAUGAAAAGAAACCAGGACAGACUCCAGGGCCUGAAAUGUAGGCAUGCUGGCAGGCUUUCAGAUUGAAUCUGACCCUUCUAUGUCACAUACUUCAAGACCAAAGCAUAUUAAACAUGUUGGAGCAAUAAUUUAAUUUUAGCUUCAUAAUUUAUACACAAUCAUUUCCUUGGACAGGACAUAUUCUCCCCUCUCUCAAGGGAAAUAUAUCUAAACUUUAAAAGUGUCAGGUUUAAAUAAAAAUGCACUGUUCCUGAAUGUGCAAUCUUUUGGCAGCUACAAAAGAAAGAGAAGGAAUUCAAGUAAUCUCAAACAGACUGAGUUGAACAAACCAGUUUCUAUACAAUGGAAUUAUACUGGGUCCAGAUUCUUAUUUUUGAGGAAGACUAGCCCUGAGCUAACAUCUGCCACCAAUCCUCUUUUUGCUGAGGAAGACUGGCCCUGAGCUAACAUCCAUGCCCAUCUUCCUCUACUUUACCUGUGGGAUGCCUACCACAGAAUGGCUUGACAAGUGGUGCCAUGUCCGCACCCAGGAUCCAAACCGGAGAACACCGGGCCGCCGAAGUGGAAUGUGCGAACUUAACCACUGCCCCACCUGGCCGGCCCUCGGGGUCCAGAUUAAAGUUACACAUUAUGCCCUGCAAAGGGCUUUACUCAUCAGGGAAACCAGGAUCAUUUGUGGAGUGAUUAAUGUAGCCAUAAGCAAGCAUAUCCCAACAGACUAUUCAGAUUACACAUCUGCUCAACUGGGUUACUGUCAUUUACAGCAACAAAGGCUAUACCACAAUGUAAAAUUCAGCGUUCUCUAUGCAGCCCUUUAAAAGAAUGGUUUCCAAAUGCCUGACAGCGCACACCGGCUGAAUAAUAAAUCCUCUAGAGUGUUUUUUAAAAGUUAACAUGCCUAGGCGAUUGAUUCUGCAGGUCUCGGAUAUAGGUGAAGAACUUAUUUUUGUUUUUAAUGCUUCAAAGUAAUUAUGAUGUAUAGCCAGGUUAGGAAAUCACUACACAAUGAACAGAAGACAACUGCAAGAAAUACUUCAGAGUGUAGUGGGUAAAUUGCAGAGAACUAUCUUGUAGAAGCAACUAGAGACUGUCAGUAUGGACAGAAAGGUUAACAUUCUGACUUUAUCUUAAUUUUAGUGAAGGACUCCUCAGGUUCUACUCUAGUACUAACAUUUAGUUACCACAAGUUCCGAAAAAACUUUUUACUACAAAUGAGACACUAGCAAUGAGACACUGAGAAGGACUAAAAAUGCAAAUAGGUUUGUGUUCCUUUUCUGCCAAGAGCUUGUAAAAGUCCUUAUUAAAUCGCAGUUCUCAAUGAAGUUAGGGUAACUCAAUGAAAAUUCCUAGGUCAGGAAAAAAAUCUCCAAAAUUUUACCUUUCAGACAAAAAUUUGCAAAUUUCACAAAAAGUUUAAGACAAAAUUAAAGAGCAAAACCUAUCAAGAUACUUUUGUAUAGGUCAGUCACGUGGACACACUGUGUACUCCUUUUGGAUUAAUGCUUUAAGAUAUUUAAGUAUCCUAGGGCAACAUAGUUAUCAAAACCAAAAGCAGUGGCAAGAAGUCUGUUGGUGGUCUCAGACUAGCUCCAGAGUGUUGCCGGAAGUCACUCCAUGUCACAAGUGAGACUGGGAGGCCUCUGCUUCCAUAGUAAGAAGCAGUAUAAUUUCUGAAGGGGAAGAGAUGUGGAACUCUUCUUAAACAGAUGGUUGCUGGCUUUUCCACUUAUGGGAAAGAUGAGCUAGGUUUUAAAAAGAUGAAAAAUAACU